UAUAGAUAUAUGGGGUGGAUGAUUAUUGAAGGGCUGAGUGUGAAGCUAUGUCCCCACAGAGGAUGAUGCUGUUGUCAACGAUCCUAAUCCUCUUCUAUGGAGAUCUGAAGUCAAGCAGCACAGGAUCUCCAGAUAUCCACGAUGUUCUCCCUGAGUACGGUUUUCCAAAGGGUCUUCUUCCGAACAACGUGAUCUCCUACACCCUCUCCUCCGACGCCUCCUUCAUCCUCCACUUAGAUGCUCCCUGCUAUGUCUACUGGGAGAACCAGUUGGUCUACUACAACACCCUAAUCAAGGGCACCCUCACCUACGGUUCCGUCUCCCACGUCUCAGGGAUUCAGGCUCAGAAACUCUUCCUCUGGCUCCCCGUCACCGGAAUCAAGCUCCACCAGGAUUCCGGCACGCUUCAGUUUUUCGUCGGAGCUUUUUCGCAGGAAUUCCCCGUCACCGACUUCCAAGAUGUACCUGGGUGCGCCCGUACAGGAUCGCUGCUCAAUCCAAAUCUUUUCCUUCCUCUGUAACCCUCCUCUUCCUUCUUCCUUCUCUCCUCCGUCUUCUUCAAAUUAAAAACUUUAUUUUACCAACUGAAAUAAUAUUCAUUAAAAUCUGUAUGCAUUUGGAGUGAAAUUUCAUCAUCA